AUGUACCAGCACAACUGUGCCGACGCGGUCAGCCGCGGCGAAUUCCUCGUCGGCAACUCCUCCCUCUUCGUCCGCGCUUGGAGGCUCGAGGCGCACGCUGACAAUGAGGACAUGAUGCACCACGUUCGCCUGUGCAUCGAGGGGAUUCCUGUCCAUGGCUGGAACGAGUACGUCGCCGCGUUAGUCAUCGGCCGUGGGUGCUCCCUCGACUACAUCGAGCAGAAGUCGCUGCGCCGGGAGGAUACGCGCUACCUGGCGCUCUGGGCGUGGACGUCCAACCCCAACGCCAUUCCAAAAGUGAAGUGGCUCACGCUGCCCGCCCGCGGUCUCCGGCGCCGUGGCCGACGCGGCCUGCAUCACCGCGUGUUGAUCCACCUUGAUCUGCAUGAGGACCACUCCAAGGCUCACGACGACGACGACGACCCGCCGCCAGCUGACAUCUUCGAGUUCACCUGGUUCCCCCGUAUGGUGGACGGCACGGCACGGCGAGGCGAUCGUUGUGCUGGACAGCCUUGCGGCGAGUGGCGCCCGGCACGGCGCGAUGACGACAACGACCGCGGCGGCCGCCGCGGGCGGGAUGGCCCGCGUGCGCAGGACGGAUGGCGCGACCGCAUCCGCCGCUCCCUCUCCAGGGGCGCUCGCGACCGUCAGCGCCAGGAUGGUCAGGACCGCUCCCGCGAUCGCUCGAGCGGCACGGGUGGGAGGCGUCGUGGGGUUGGACUUGGGAACGCGGAUGUCGCUGCGGCGCCUCCGCACUAG